AUGACCGGACAGUGCCUCGUGGCAACUUUCAGCCUGCUGUUUGGAGACAAGCUACAGUCACUGGGCCUCAACACGACCAGCGCUGCCGUCAUCUUGAACACCAUGAUGGCUGUGAUGCAGUUCUCCGGUCUUCUCACGGGGCCAUUGCUGAAGAAAUUCAGUGUACGUCAAGUGGCUUUCAGCGGGGGCUGCUUUGUGGCGGCUGGGAUCCUUCUCACCAGCUUCGCCAACUCUUUCAUCCACAUCAUUAUCAGCUACAGCAUCUUCUUGGGUCUCGGCAGUGGGUUGGUGGCGCCCUCUAGCUUCAUAGCAGUCAAAUCGUACUUCUUGAAAGCACGAGGCCGUGCCGUCGGCAUGUCUAUGGCGGGCAGCAACGUGGGGCAGAUGAUGAUGCCGCACCUGGUGCGUUACCUGCUGGAGAACUACGGCUUCAGCGGCGCCAUGCUGGUGCUGGGAGGCGUGGCGAUGCACCUUCCCGCAUGCAGCCUCCUCUAUCAGCCGCUGGAGUGGCACGCCGAGCGCCGACCAGUCGCCAGCGAGCUGAAGCCGCUCAAGGGCGAGCCAGACAGUUCCACAGAUCGCAAUGCAGUGGACAAGGAGUCGCCCAAGGUCCGGCAACCGAGGCGUUUCGCGUCCGUGACGUCACUAGCCACAUCCGAGCUGGGCGACAUGAGCGAAGCCAUACCUGUCGAUAACAAUAAGUGUCUACCUCCCACUAGCGAGGAGGACCCAGGCCCUGUCCAGCAGAAGACUCAGCCAGUGUGGCGUCGAGUGAUGGCUUUCAUGGACCUGGACCUGCUGCGGAACUGGGUGUACCUCAAUGUGAUGUUCGGCUCGGCGUGCAUGACCGUGGCGGCCAUCAACUUCUCGCUGCUGCUGCCCUUGUACCUGCAGCGCCACCUCCACCUCUCGCUGUCGGAGACGGCGCUCUGCCUCACCGUGACUGCCGCCGGCGACUUCGUGUCCAGGAUCACGGUGCCUUCUUUCACGGACCGCUUCAAGAUCAGGCCGCGCCUUACGUUCUUGGUGGGCGCCAUCUUCUGUACAAUCACUCGCUCAGUGAUAGCCACGUCCUCCAGCACGGUGGCGCUGUAUGUGUGGAACACUCUGGCUGGAUUCUCCAAAGGCGCCGCCAUCAUCAACAUUAACCUGUGCGUUGCCGAGGUGUGUCCCGACCACAAGCUUCCAGCCGCCGUAGGCCUUAACAUGGUGACAAGCGGCGUCUUCCUCUUCACCCUUGGACCCGCUAUAGGUUACGUCCGUGACGCGACAGGAGACUACCCGCUGUGUAUUCACCUGCUGACUGUGUUGUUGCUCGUCGCCAUGGCUGCUUGGCUCAUAGAGGGCGCCAUGCAUUGGUGCCACCGAAAGAGAUGA